AUGAAUUCACCUGAUAUUCAUUUGUGUAAAUACGAUUUAAAUAAUUCAAAAAAAAAUGACGAUAAAAAACAUUCUCCUAUUAAUAUUAUGACAUCCAAAAUUUUUUCUUUCAUACCUAUUUUAACAUGGCUUCCAAAAUAUAAAAUAAAAGAUGAUUUAAUACCUGACAUUAUAUCUGGAAUAACAACAGGAAUUCUUCACGUACCACAGGGUAUUGCUUAUGCUAAGAUUACAGAUGUUCUUCCUGUCUACGGUCUUUAUGUUAGUUUUCUUGCUCCGUUAAUAUACAUGUUUUUCGGAACAUCGAAACAUGCAAGCUUAGGAACAAGUAGUUUCAUUUGUUUGAUGGCUGGUGUUACGACACAAAUGAUUAAAGAUAAAUAUAACUUAUCUUUUUCUGGUAAUUUUAAUAAUACAAUAUUUGAUUCUGAGGAUGAGUGGAAAAAAGAGUUAACUAAUAUAGAAAUAACAACAGCAUCAACAUUUACUAUUGGGCUUAUUCUUACCCUAGGAGCUAUAUUUAGAUUUAAAAUCAUAACAACUUAUAUGCCUGAUUCAUUGAUUAAAGGUUUUACAACGGGUGCAGCAUUUCAUGUAGCUUUAUCACAGAUAGACGAUAUCAUGGGUGUAAAUAUACCACGAUUUUCAGGAAUUGGAAAUUUAAUUUAUAAAAUAAUUGCUUUAUUUAAAAAAAUACCACAUACAAAUAUUUAUACAUUUAUAGUUAGUAUCAUAACUUUAAUAUUUUAUUAUCUUGGUGAUAAUUUUAUUACACCAUUUAUACAUAAAAAGACAAAAAAAAAAUUUCCAAUUCCAUAUGAAGUAAUUUCAAUGAUAAUAUUUACAAUAAUUUCAAGUACUUUUUUAUUUCAAGAUAAUUUUGAUAUGUCUGUUGUUGGUGAUAUUCCUACAGAUAUUCCAUCACCACAAUUACCAUACUUUAAAUUAAUUCCUGAUCUUAUUGGUAAUUGUAUUUUGAUUAGCCUUGUCAAUGUAACUAUUCAUUUGUCAAUGGUUAAGAUGUUAGCAACAAAAUAUAGGUAUGAAGAUGAAUUAAAAACUGGUCAAGAAAUUUAUGCACUUGGAUUUACAUCAAUUUUAUCAUCUUUUUUUCCAGUUUUUCCUUCAGCAAUGGCAAUGUCUAGAACGAUGGUUUUAGUUAAUUCUGGUGGUAAAACACAAUUAACAAAUCUUUUUAGUUCUACUUUAUUAGCUUUUGUCAUUUUAUAUUUAGGUCCAUAUUUAUUUAAUUUACCUAUGUGUGUCUUAUCUAUUACAAUAAUAUAUGCCUUAAGAUCAAUGUUUUCAUCAAUAUUUCAAGUACAUAAAAUGUUUCAAGAAAGUAAAUAUGAUGGAGGAAUAUAUUUAGUAUCAUUAGUAGUAACAAUUUUUGCUGAUAUUGUUUAUGGAUUAAUUGUAUCAAUAAUUUUUGCUUUAUUUACAAUUGUAAUACGAACACAAAAUUCAAAAUGGUCAUUACUUUUUCCAGUUUCACCACAUAUUAUACAACCAUUAUCAAUUCAAUCAAAUAAAUUGAAUAUCGAUAAAAUCCCUGAAAUAAGUAGAUACUAUAAAGAUCCAAUAUUUACAUCACAUCAACCAUUAUUUGCUGUUCAUCGUUUUGAAGGAUCAUUAAUAUUUACUAAUGGUGAAGAAUUUAGAAAUAGUUGUAUAGAAUCUAUAAAAGAAUUAAAACAAAGAAAAUCUAUAAAAUAUCUUGAUUAUGUUAACGACAUAACAACUGAUAUAAUAUUAAUACUAGACUUUUCACGUAUUACAGAAAUUGAUUUAGUUGGUAUUAAAUUCUUGAAAGAAGUUAUUACAACUUCUAAUAACAAUAAUAUUCAAAUAAUCGGUGCUAAUGUAAAUGAAUCCGUAUUAAAAACACUUGAAAUUACAGGAGUUACAAAAACAAAAAUUAUAUUUUAUGAUAGUCUUCAGAAAGCAAUAACAUCAAUAACAUCAAUUAAUGGUAAAAAGAAAAAAAUAGAUAACAAUUUUAUAGUUAAAUUAUGA